AUGCUUUCAACACUUCGUAUUCCAAUUGUUCAACAAUGCAAUGAUAACCAGGAACUAUUUGUUGAAAUUAAGGACUCCAAUAUUAUCGAAACCGCAUGCAGUUUAUUCCAAAAUGACGAAUAUCCUGAAGAGUACAGAACAAUCACUAUUCAAUUUAUUGAAGGUUGUUGUAUUAACAACUGUUUACGCGAGUUCACACUCAAAACAAUCAAAAGAAUUGGUUAUUCCGAAUUUAUAUGCAUUGAUGAAAAUUAUCCUGCUGAAAUUAAAAAGUCCUUAUUCGUAAUCAUUUCAUAUUAUCUUGAUUACUACGGUUUUCAUGCAGCUGAACUUACAUUUGAUUGUUACAUUCUUCAUUUUAUUGUAGAUAUCAUCGAAGCAAAUUCAGAAAUUGCACUGGAUGUUCUUGAAAAGAUUAUGCACUAUUACGACGAAAAGGGACGAUUGAAAGAAAUCUUAUUUAAUGACGACUUUCCAGCAAUUCUUGAUAGUUUGGAGAAAGUUUAUGAAACUUCGACUGAUAUUGAAGAAAAUCGUAUAGAUCAUUUCCUAGAGUAUUAUAAACAGGUUUCCACUUCUGAUAAGCAAAGCGGAUUAUCUUCAGCUUCAAUCUUAAAUUUAUAA